AUGACAACAGUUCGUGCCUUUCUUGCUAUAGCCGCUUCAAAAAAUUGGGAGCUACAUCAAAUGGAUGUGCACAAUGCUUUCCUCCAUGGUGAUUUACAUGAGGAGGACUUGGGAGUACUCAAAUAUUUUCUUGGCAUUGAAGUGGCUAGGAGUCCUACGAGGCUGUUUUUAAGCCAACGUAAGUAUUCUCUAGACAUAAUUUCGGAGACGGGUUUAAUGGGGUCGAAGCCUGCACACACCCCAAUGGAACAAAACCAUAAAUUGGCUCGAGCCACUGGGCCUCUUCUCACAGACCCUACUGCGUAUAAACGCCUUGUUGGGCGUUUGGUUUAUUUGGGAGUAACUCGCCCAGACUUAACUUACUCGUUGCACGUCUUGUCUCAGUUCAUGAAAGCACCAAAACAAGAGCAUUGGGAGGCAGCAAUGAGAGUGGUGCGUUACCUCAAAUGCACUCCGAGUCAAGGAAUUUUACUAAGGUUAAAUAGUGAGCUCACAUUGCAAGGGUGGUGUGUCUCCGACUGGGCAACUUGCCCUCUCACUCGGCGUUCUCUGUCUGGGUGGCUGGUCUUCUUGGGCAAAUCACCAAUUGCGUGGAAAACAAAGAAGCAAGACACGGUUGCCACUUCUUCUCCCGAAGCUGAAUAUAGGUCGAUGUAUGGUAUCACUUGUGAAAUGAAAUACUUAAAAGUCUUGCUCCUAAGUUUAGGUGUUCAACAUCCACGAGCCAUACUUAUUUUUUGUGAUAGUCAAGCAACUAUUCAUAUUGCUCAAAAUCCCGUGUUUCAUGAGCGCACUAAACAUAUUGAGGUGCAUUGUCACUUUGUUUGUGAUGCUAUUCAAGAGGGUCUUAUUACUACUACUCAUGUGCGUACAAAUGAGCAAUUGGCCGACAUCUUUACAAAGGCCUUGGGUAGGACACAAUUUGAAUAUCUUCUAAGCAAGUGGGGCAUCUUUAAUCCAAGUGCUCCAACUUGA